CAGGAAGCGUGCAAUUCUGCAUCGAAGCCUACAAACGUGACAAGGCUGUCAAUUUUUUUUGUUCACACCUUUAUCCCCACCUCUCGAAUAACGCCGCAAUCACGCCGCAAUCACGCCCCACAUGGCCCAUGUGGAGGGCAUUGAUCCUGCCAACAUAGUUACGGGAAAACGGAGGCCGGUGCCCAGUAGCAGACUUCUUGAUGAGACCAAUGGCGCACAACGCCUCCCGACCCAUCAGCUCGCCAUCGAUGAUACGUCUGCGCGCGAUCUGUCGAGUCCAAGCUCCGGCUCUCUGUUGCAUGCACAAUCGCCUUUACAAAGCAGCUCAAUAGGAGGGGAUCGGACUUACAUUAGUGUGGAUGCGGACACAGACGAUGACGAGACUCCACACGACGAGGAGGCUCAAGCGCCUUCAGCCAAAGCGACGAGUAGACAAUCAAAGAAACCCCCCGCAACAAACAAGCGCAAACGUUCCAAUGACAGUCCUGACAACGACGAGGCUGUAGAUAUGGAUGGGCUGCUCGCUGAUGUAGUCAUGGAGGAGUCGCUCGAGCGUGCCAAGAAGGGAGUAAGAGAGGGACGAGAAGAUUUGGACCAUUUCUUCCGGUGGGAUUCAUCUACCGAGAAGUACAUCUGUACAAUAUGCGAGGAUUUGAAGAAGAACCACCCACAGAAGCAUCACAAACUCAAGCUUGAUUUUGUCAAGGACAACUCAACGCGUCGGAUGCAUCUUCAGCGUGUACAUAAGACCCAAUACGAAGACUGGUGCGAGGAGAACAGCUUCAAGUCGAAGCUUCCAGCAAUCAGAGCGGCUCGUCGACAGGCAGCGGAUGAUGAGGCAAAACAGCAGACAACACUCGACGGGAAGCUGGUGCCCAGGGUCAAACAGCCGAUAUUUACAGCCGAGAAGUGGGUGCUCUCGGCGCUAAAGUGGCUCGUUGCGACUGAUCAGCCAUUAUCUGCUUUGCAGAAUGUGCACUACCGGGAGAUGAUAGGCUUGGCAUCUCGUGCUCCGCCUGGCAGUGUUGAUAUCCCGUCUCGAAAGGCAGUUCUUGCUGGGAUUAUCCAGAUGUUCAAGGAGAAGUUAUUGGACCUGCGGGAUCUUUUUCAGAGCGAACGAGUUCCCGGGGAGGUGCACCUGUCAGCAGACUGCUGGCAGGCGAACAACCUCGAUGCUUACUUAUGCGUUACAGCAUCUUUCAUCGAGAUCUGCCCUGGCGAUGUGUGGAGAAAGCGCACUGUGAUCAUUGGCUUCGUCCAGCUCCAGAACGCUCACAAUGGGAAGAGACUUGGUCAAGCAUUGUACCGUGUUGUUCGGCGCCUUCUCCUCGAGAACAAGGUCGGGUUUGUCACCUGCGAUAACGCCACCAAUAACGACACAAUGAUGACGGAGUUUGGGUUCCAUAUACGUUUCAAAACGGACCGUCAGUAUGAUUCUGAUGCUCGUUGUCUCAGAUGUCUUGCGCACAUCGUCAAUCUCCCCACCCAGGCAAUCAUCACAACGUACUCUUCCUCCAAGUGCUACGACCCUCACAAUCCCGAGGUGCACAUGCCUAAUUUUGAUGAUCACGAUGAGUAUGAUGACGAGAUUCUCCGCGACGUGGUCGGGAUUGUGCGCGCCAUCUGCGUCAAGGAACGCUCCUCACCACAAAGGAAGGAGAUGUUCCGGCUUCUCCAGCAGAAGGCAAAGGAGGACGUUGUCUACCAGCUCAUCCUCGACAUGGUAAUUCGUUGGUCUUCGACACAAGCCAUGCUCUAUCGGUCGUUCACUCUCUGUGAGUUUGUUGACGAGUUCGUUCUCAAACUAGCUCGCGCCGAAAAGAAUCCCGAAAAAGCUGCAAAGAUUCGUAAAUUCACUGCCGAUCGAUGCCAGCAAGCCUUCUCAUCUGACGAGGGUCCUUGCAUCCAUCUCGUUGUCCCUGCACUUGAAAAGAUGCAUGACAAGUGGAUGCGUCAGUCAAAAAAGCCAUCAUACGCCGAAUUCAAGCCAGCGCUUACUGCCGGUCUGACGAAACUGGAGAGAUACUACAACAAGGUUGGAGAAGAGUCGACGAGCGACCAAGACCACCACUCCCUCACCUCCUAUCUUGCCCCCUCCUCCCCUCCACGAGCAGACCCAAUGAGCAUGGAUGACAACGAACAGCAGCGGCUGUCUGCUCUGGAGACCAGCAUACAGAACAUCGAGGCCGUACUCACCCGCCUCAUCUCUCAACAACAACAACCCCCUGCCCCUGCCCCUGCUCCAGCUCCGGCAGCGGGUCCAGGUGUUUCUACUGGCGCCAGCCCUGCGCGCCCCCUUAUCCGUCCGAAUCCUCCCUUCUCCUUCGAUGGGGAUCGCACCCUGGGCAAGAGCUUCUUGCAUUCAGUGAAGCAGUACUGGUGUCUGCUUCCUGAGGCGUUCUUUGUGAAUGGGGCAGUCUCGGAAGAAAAGGUAGUCCGCUUCGCCCUGUCCUACAUGUCCAAGGACUCCGCGGCCUCCUGGUCCGAGCGCAUGUCCGAGCGCACCCCAUUCCCGUUCCCUACUUGGGCUCUCUUUGUCACCGAGUUCAAGCUCCGAUUUGUCGAGGAGAACGAGCAAGACCACGCCCUUGCGCGACUGGAGACCCAUCUGUACUAUAUGGGCUCCCGUGAUGUGUUCAAGUACACGGACGAAUACGACGACCUCCUUGAUCUCGCCGGCUAUACCGACGAUCUGGUCGAGGUGACCAAAUAUAGGACGGGCCUGGAUCCGAAGAUCAACCAGGCUAUCACCACCUCUGGCAACCCUCCCAGGCUCACUGACUACGCCGAGUGGCGUGUCCGUGCGUUCCGGCAGUACAAUGCGGAACAAGCUGCCAAGGCGUCUCGAGGCCACGUCCCUCCCCCCCGAGCGCCUCCUAUCGUCCCUCGUCCUCGUGCCCCGGUGCUCCCUGCUGUAGCGCCGGCAAUUGCUGCUCGCCCGGCGCCGGCUCCUGUUGCCCACCCCAUCCCCAUGGAGUUGGAUUGGACCCGGCUCCGUGGUGACAUUUGUCGCACCUGCUUCCGCUGCGGCAGUCCGGGCCAUCUUGCCCGUGACUGCCCCACCCCAGCUGAUAUCUGUCACACUGAUGUCCUUGAUGAGGUCAUCAACCAGCUGGGAAUCCGUAAGGAGAAGUGGGAACGCAAGCUCCCUUCCCGCUAUGGUGCACGUGCCCUUGUCACUGCCACUUUGUGA